CUCCAGUCAUAUCAAACGUCUACUACACCAAAACAUUAAAGAGUUUACAUGGUUAAAAAACCAAAACGAAUAUAAAAAAUAUUAUAGCAUUAAUCAUUCAUUUUAUAUUAAAAAGAAAAAACAGAUAAAUAUUGGCUUUGUAUACAAAAGUAUAUACUAGGAGUAAGAAACCGAAAGUAUGGCCUUACCCAGGGAGUUGGAGGCGACGUUUUCGCCUGAAGAGAUAGAGUUUUUAGCAGGAAAUGAAUACAUUGAUAUUGUUCCUUUAGAGACUAUGGAUCAAUUACCUUUAGUAAGCGCAACUAUACCCAUUAUGAAGCCGCCAAGAAAGUGCAGAGUUCCAUUAUGGCUAGCCUUGGAAUUAAAAAGACAACAUCGCGCCAGAAUAGUGCCUCCAGAGUGGCUUGACCUUUCAAACUUACAAAGCUUACAAGAACAAGAAAUGGAAAUGGAUAUGUUUUCUAAAAUGCCGUUUCGGUGGUUGGAAACUGCUCAUCUACUCUUGAAUGCUUGUCCCGAUGAUAUUGAAGACGUGGAGGAAGUUCGAAGGAUCCUUUUGACCAUCCGAGAAGCGAGACAGAGCAAGGCAAGGGCAGGUUUGGAAGCGGUAAACGAAGUUCAGCUUGCCCUGGAUAACUUGGGUGCUAUGGAAAUCAACGAGAUCCGGCCCUUAUUCCGAGAAACGAUGAAUCGUAUGCGAAAAAUUGUUCAAGUCGCAGAGGAAGAAUAAGUGCGAUCCGGCAUAAAGGGAACAUUUGAAAAGUGUACGGACUUUUUGCAUUUAGUAAGAUAGAUGUCAUAAAAUAAGCAAGAUUGCAUGAAAUGUGAACAGGGACAAGAGACAAUGAAAUAUGAUUGUUUGAACCGGUUACGAUCCUUGCGUAGACGUCUUUUCCUUGGUCAUUCGCAAAGGAGUAGGUGUCUUGGAAGGACUUGAUUUCGAGGAAUUUUGUCUCCGUUUUGAGUUUGACAAUUCUUCAAGCUUGUAGAAUUCUUGAAUACGACUGCAACGUGAGUUAGAACGAUAGAUUAAAAAAAUAUUGAUAUAAACAUACGUUCGCCAAGGAGUGACGGGUGUAUUGGAGGAUAAAAAGGAUUGAAAGUCACGAAGCUUCAUAUUCCGCUGAGCACGAGGGAUAGAAGCUACACGCAUUUCUCCUCUCAUGCGGAUGGUAGAUGCCAGCAAACCUGCAUUAGAUCGCAAUCGUCGAAUUUUAUCAGAUACUAGAUAGAAAAUGAGUUAGUACUAUGGUUUUUGAAAUGAAGAAAACAAAUGACAGAAAAUGGUCAACACCCUGUCCUAGAAUAAAUCAUAAAAGUGACAAGUUUUAUCGUUGGACAAUUCGGGAGGCUUAACUUUCAAAAAUAAAACAACAAAAAUAAAAAAAAUAAAAAAAUUCAUUCAUACAUACAUUCAAAUGCAAGAUUUUCAAGGAUAUCCG